UUGUUCUUCGUGUAGCGAUCUGCGGAGGCACAAUAUCCUGUUUGGAAACGUUUUCCGAGAGCAACAAUCGUCAUGGCGUAUCAGGGCUCUCGGUAGAGGCCCAGUUGUUGUUUUGUUCACCAGUUCUGCCGUGGUCGUGUGUUUUAACGGCAGCCAGAAUGCCCAUCUACGACCGCUCAUCAGACCGAAACCCCGACGGUGGCAGAGACCAUAGUCCGGGCCGGACCAGAGACAGGAGUCCCGGCCGGACCAGAGACCACAGUCCCGGCCGGACCAGAGACCACAGUCCCGGUCGGACCAGAGACCACAGUCCCGCUCGUCCCCGGCGGCGGAGCAGGUCUCGGUCCCGCAGUGGAAGCCACGGAGGCCGAGAUUUGUCUCCGGACUACUUCGGUCCAAAACUUCCGAAGCCCCGAAACAGGGAAAGGGAACGAGAAGAACACGAGCACCGGCUCCAUGAGGCCCGGAACAUCAAGAGGAUCCGCAUGGGGAGCCCCCGCCGGAGCCGCUCCAGGUCCAGGGAGAGGCACGGCCAAUGGACGGAGCAGCGGGGCGGGCCGAACGACUACUACGACCAGCAGCGGGACGACGCGCAGCGGCAGCGCCAGGAGGCCUUCAUCGCCAGGCGGUUACAGGAACGGGAGAGGAUUGGGGAACUGGGCUCCCCUGAAGUGUGGGGGUAUUCUCCCAGAGUCAAGGAACCAGACUCUGACGAAUUCACACCCGUUGAAGAUGUGAAAAACAGCAGUUCAGAUGACAGCUCAGACGACGAUAAGAAGAAGAAGAAAAAGAAGAAGAAGAAAUCCAAAAAGAAGAAAAGCAAGAAGCACUCAGAAGACAGCGGGUCCGGGUCAGAUUCUGACGAGGAAGAAGUGAAAAAGAAGAAAAAAAAGAAGAAAAGCAAAAAGUCGAAGAAGUCCAAGAAGAAGAAGGUGAAGAAGAGCAAGAAGGCGUCCAGUGGUUCCAGCAGUGAGGAGUCCGGGGGGGAGGAGGGCGAGGAGGAGGACGAGGACGGGGGGCUGGUGUGGGUGGAGAAGACCUGCAUGGACGAGAACCUGGUGGGCCCUGAAGCCCCGCUGGCUCAGAUGUCUCAGGACGACAAACCUCUCGAUUUCGGCCACGCCCUCUUGCCGGGUGAAGGUGCGGCCAUGGCGGAGUACGUGAAGGCGGGAAAGCGUAUCCCGAGAAGAGGAGAAAUCGGACUGACCAGUGAUGAGAUCGCCAACUUCGAAAAAUCUGGCUUUGUAAUGAGCGGUAGCAGACAUCGCCGUAUGGAGGCUGUGCGUUUGAGAAAGGAGAACCAGAUCUACAGUGCGGACGAGAAGAGGGCGCUGGCCUCCUUCAACCAGGAGGAGCGGCGGAAGAGGGAGAGCAAGAUCCUCUCCAGCUUCAGGGAGAUGGUGUACAGGAAAACCAAAGGCAAAGAUGAGAAGUGAACGGUGCAUCUCAAGCUUUGGUUCUGGGUCUGUCCGUCGCGGUUGUAUAGCUGUGUUUUAUAGUAAAAGCCAACAUGCAUUGUCCAGCCUAGUUUUGUAAACAAAUUCUAUUUUUUUGGUUUUUAAAACAGUACUGUGCUGACUUUUUUUUUUGCUUUUAAUUUGAUUGGACAUUUGUACUAGUAUGAGUCAGAUUGGCUCACUAUGGUAUAAAUACUGUAUUGUCAAUUCUAUUUAGCAAUUGGUUGUGGGCCUGCUCUUUACCUUGUGUAAAUUCCCACACAUUCAGAAACCCACUGGUUAAUAAAUUCUUGAAUGUA